GCCACUUGUUUUUAGGGUGUGUCUGAUGUCCUACAGGAGACAGGAUUAAUAAGCAGCCUGACAGGAAAAUCUGCAUUAAACAUGGUUCACUAGCAAGGACCACACCGUCAACGAGAUACUUUAAGGAUUUAUUAGUGACAAAGGAAAACGAAGUGUCGAAGAUCUUGGUUCUUUUAAGUUCUUCGAGUGCGUUGUGGGGAUUCUUGUAGAGAAUCUGCCACCGCUCCCAGGCAGCGACGGACCCCUCAUGGACCUACGAAGGAGAGGAGAGAAAAAGAAACAGGAAGAGAGAAAUGGGGUGGGAGGGAGGGGCGCAGAAUACGAGAGCGAAGCAGAGGAGAGGGUCAGGUGGUUAUUUAGAGAAAUGCGGAAGUCGGUGCUGUUGAGGUGUGGUCCUGCUCCUGAAACUUCGCCAAUUAAGCUUCAAUACAAAAUUCACAGCAGAGAGAGGAACAGCUGAAAUAAAAUCCAAAGUGAAAGUUUGUCAGAGUGACGAUGGAUCUGAAGUCGAGAUGAGUCUCUCCACAGUCUAGCAUCGUUUCGUACAAACACCGACAUGGCUGCUGCAAACUUCCUUCCAUCUGAAGAUCGGUUUCUGUGCUCCAUCUGUCUGGAUGUGUUCACUGAUCCUGUCACCACAUCAUGUGGACACAACUUCUGCAAAACCUGCAUCACUGAACACUGGAAUCAUAACGACCAGUACCUGUGUCCCAUGUGUAAAGAGGUUUUUGACACAAGACCUGAACUGCACAAAAACACUUUGCUCUCUGAGAUGGCUGCUCAGUUCAGACAGUCAGCUCAACAGAAAGCCAGCAGCAGCAGCUCAGAGCAACAAGUGUCCAAACCAGGAGAAGUUCCCUGUGACGUCUGCACUGGAACCAGACUGAAGGCCCUGAAGUCCUGCCUGGUGUGUCUGGUCUCCUACUGUCAGACUCACCUGGAGCCUCACCUGACAGCUUCAGGUCUGAAAAGACAUCAGCUGAUCGACCCUGUGGAGAACCUGGAGGACAGGAUGUGUCUGAAGCACAAUAAACUUCUGGAGCUGUUCUGUAGGACCGACCAGAUGUGUGUCUGCAUGCUCUGCACUGUUUCAGACCACAAGACACAUGAUGUUGUUCCUCUGAAAGAGGAAUAUGAAGAAAAGAAGGCAGAACUGGAGAAGACAGAGGCUGAAGGUCAGCAGAUGAUCCAAGAGAGACAGCUCAGGAUUCAGAAGAUCAAACGGUCGGUCAAAUUCAGCAAUGUAAAAGCAGAAGGUGAGAUAGCAGAAGGUGUUCGACUCUCCACAGCUCUGAUGGAGUCUGUUCAGAUCGGCAUGAACAACUUCAUAGAGACGAUUGAAGAGCAGCAGAGGUUGAUAAAGAGACAAGCUGAAGACUUGAUCCAAGAGCUGGAACAAGAAAUCUCUGAGCUGAAGAAGAGAAACACUGAGGUGGAGCAGCUCUCACAGUCUGAAGACCUCCUCCAUCUUCUCCAACGUUUCCCAUCGCUGAAUGCUGCUCCACCCACCAAGGACUGGACAGGAGUCAGAUUCCAUCCUUCCUCACAUGAAGGGACUGUGAUGAGAGCUGUGGCUCAGCUGGAGGAGAAGCUUAAUGCAGAGAUGAAGAGGGUGUUUGACGCUGAGAUGAAGAGGGUCCAACGAUACGCCAUGAAUGUGACUCUUGAUCCUGAUACAGCACAUCCUGAACUCCUCCUGUCUGAUGAUCGGAAACAAGUGAGUCAUGGUGAUGAGAAGAAGAAUCUUCCUUACAAACCAGAGAGAUUUUCACUCAGUCUCUGUGUUUUAGGAAAGCAGAGUUUCUCUUCAGGCAGGUUUUACUUUGAGGUUCAGGUUACAGGAAAGACUGAGUGGGAUUUAGGAGUGGUCAGAGAGUCAAUCAACAGGAAGGGACUGAUCACACUCACACCUGACGAAGGUUACUGGACGAUAUGUUUGAGAAACGGACAUGAGUACAAAGCUCUUGCUGACCCUCCAGUCGGUCUCUCUCUGGCCUCUCGGCCUCAGAAGGUGGGGGUGUUUGUGGAUCAUGAGGAGGGUCUGGUCUCCUUUUAUGACGUAGAUGCUGCAGCUCUUAUGUUUCGCUUCACCGACUGCUGCUUCACUGAGAAACUCUAUCUCUUCUUUGGUCCUGGUCCCAGUGACGGUGGUAAAAACUCCACCCCUCUGAUCAUCACUGCUAUCGGUCGCAAAACUUAGAUCAGUUAUUGAAAUUAGCACGAAAGCGCUCAGUGCUAACAGCAGAACAGAUUAAUGAUCAGUGGAUAAUGUUUGUUGUCUUCUGACUCUGAUUGAUUUGGUUUUUGCCUUUUUGUUAUCAUACCACAUGUGACUGUACAUGCUGAUUGUUUAGCCUCUCCACCUCUGUGACACACAUCACAUCUCUGACAGUCAGUUGAAAAGUUUAUAAAGUUUAUAAAACGAUGGACAUUUUGAACCCUCAAGUUGUGUCCGGAGGUGUGACUCCUACAGGUGUAGCUCAAUAUACAGCAAGUUUCCUACGACUUUAAUAUGUGUACAAAACAUUAUGAAACACGUUUCCACAGAAACAAGAAUGAAUUGUUCACAUUACGCUUGAUGAUCUAUGCAAACAGCACUCUCUUAUCUGAUCACUGUGAAAUAUGUUUGAUUUUAACGCAAAUGCAUGUGAGGAAUGUUUCUCACAUUAAUCAUUGCCUACUUUUUUUUAAAAAUAGCUUUUAGACAAAAAUAAGCAAAUAAAUCUGUGUUUUGGAUGUACUUGAGUUUUUGUAUCUAAUAUCCAACCCAAAUUGUGUUUUAUAUGAUCUUUUUUUCUAUUACCAGGGUAUGAAGUGAUUUUGUAAUAUCUAUAGUUUCACUCAUAAUGAUGAAACAACAGAGAAUGACCAGCUGCUCCACAGUGAUCUGGUUACUGCAGUUUGAUUAUGUUGCCCUGAUUAUGAUUGUGUGUCAAUAAACAAUAUUUUAUG